UCCUCUUCCUUCUGUCUCUCUCCUCCACCUGCACACUUAACACGACAUGGGGGAUCUACUAGAUAGAUUUCGUAGUGGUGCCAAAAAGGCUGGCAUGCAAGCGUCGGCCUUUGCUCAAUCAUCUUCGACAAAGCUAGCAAGCCAAUCAAGAGAAUUCGUUCAUGGAUUCAGUCUACCAGGCGAAGCGGAAAAAGCAGCGAAGAUUCUGGAUAGUUUCCUUGCCGAUCCUGAACACCCAGAAUCAGCGCUCAACUCUAUCCCUAAAGCUGUUUUACAGAAGGCUCGAGGUCUAGCUAUCUUCCAAGUCUUCAAAGCCGGCUUCGUCUUUUCCGGAAAGGCAGGUUCCGGUAUCGUCAUCGCCCGUCUUCCAGACGGCUCAUGGUCAGCCCCUUCAUGUAUCGCCACCGGAGGCUUAGGCUGGGGUCUCCAAAUUGGAGCUGACAUUACGGAUUUCGUGGUUGUGUUGAAUAGUGAAGAUGCGGUUAGGGCGUUCUCGAUAGGAGGGAAUGUAACGAUUGGAGGGAAUAUUUCUGCUGCUGCUGGACCUAUUGGGACGGGUGGGAGUGUUCAGGCGAGUUUGGCACAUCCCGCGCCGAUGUUUGCGUAUUCAAAGUCGAAAGGCCUCUUUGCUGGCGUUUCACUUGAAGGAACUGCUCUUAUUGAACGAAAGGAUGCCAACAGGGAGUUUUAUGGUUCACCUGUUCCUGCGAGGGACAUCUUGGGAGGAAGAGUACCACCCCCGGAAGUCGCGUCAAGGUUGUACGAGAUCAUCGAAGCAGCUGAGGGAUUGGAUGAGACGGGUUUACCUGAAUCUGCGUAUGUUCCUACUGAUACUGGAGAUGCGAUUCAACUCGGAAAUGAUGGGAGACACCAGACGGUGUUUGAUGCUGACCAUUAG